UUCACACCUCUCGAUCAAUCUAGAAAGACACGAACUGAAAUUUUACUUCCGGUAAGCAAAUCAAAAGCAAAGGAAACUGUGAUAUUUUUAGACUGUUAUAAACUUGAAUUGAUCACAGGAUAUGUGCAUGCAAAUGGUUCGUCAUGAUCACUCUAAGUGACGAGGAACUUCCCAAAGCGUUAAUUAUUGACUUUGUGCAACAUUUUGUCGAAAACCGACUUAACUUCCGUCACGUUUCAACCACCAAAAUAAGUUUUACGCCCAAAUUCCACUUGCUACACGUCAUCAUGGCCUCAUUUACAUUUGAUGAAGUCACAGUUUUCGUAAUUCAAUAGGUUUUGAUGGUUGUGAACCUUGUUCGUCGCUCCGUCUGUUAUAAUCAGCGUACAAAUUAUUAACGGCCGUAAAAGUGUUUAUACCUUCGAUAGGAAUUCUGAUACUCAGCGAAUGUUUUGUUCCAGAUCAAGGCCAAAUAUGAAAUAAACCAUAUACUAGUUAACAAUGCUAAGCUGGUGAGAUUGGUGCUGCUGACAGAGAAUUAAACCAAGGAACCUCGAUUAUUCAAGUUAAAGGAACUUUUUAUGCCAGAAAGUACAGAGGACAAAGCAGAAAGAACUGCUGCUGACAUCAUGACUUGUAAUGGUGUAGAACAAUCGAGUACCAAACAUUUAACCAUGGCUAACAAUACUGAGACAUUUACAAAAAAGAAGGAAAAAGAGAACUACAGUGACGCAAAGAUGCAUAAUCUCACUGAAUGCUGCAGAAUGUGGAUGUGCUCUCACUGUAGCAAGAGCUUCGCCUCCUCGCGUGCGCUCAAGAUCCAUGAAGUCAAACAGCACGAGAAUGCUGCGCGCCACGUGCUCAAGUGCGGCACGUGCCACGAGGAGUUCGAACACGCGAAUCUGCUUCACAUCCACAUGCGGGUUCAUCACAAUGUAAAGGUGCGCUGUCCACGGUGCAAAGACAUAUUCGAGCACCCGAACGUCUUGAAACUUCACAUCAAAGCGCACCACUCUGAACCGGUUUGCGUUGCCUGUGGGCUGAAAUUUGACCACGACAAGCUUCUACGCUUGCAUAUGGAGCAUUACCACAAUGUUGGGAGCAAAGGGGCAAAGCAGGGUGCGACCACGCCUCCUCAGCAGACUGGUGGAAAAGACAAGACUGAAAAUGUCCUUGUAGAGAUGAAAAGCGCUCCUGAAGAGGCAGAACGUGGUGGUACUGGAAACCACGGGGGAAAUCACCAAACCACGCAGGGCUAUGAACAGACCAAUGGCGUGGUAAUCGGUGAUUGGGAGCUUGGCUUCCGUAGACACGAUGACGACGACGACGAAGCAAUGUCGCACGGCAGUAGUGAAACAAGAGAAGACGUCAGCACCGAAGGUGAUGUGGGUGAUAUGGAGACUGAGAAAGAAGGCGAGCCUCAGCUUAGAGAGACAGAGAGCCACGUGGGAAGACAAGAUGCAGAGGCUGAAAUUCACCGGUAUUCACCCGCUGAAUUAAAGCAUGAAGCAAAACGUUCCGUUUCACCAAAGUCUGAAAAUGGCAGCCACGCUGCAACCGUAAAAGGAAUGGACGGUCGCCUGCCAACUCCUCCUCUUGAAUAUCACCAGACUCCUACUCGGGUGCAGCGGUCUUCAGUCAUCGUCACCACAAGCCGGGCUUCACCGCCCAUGACAGUCCCGCCCGCCAGUUUGAAGCACAAACCAGUAGCCUCUGAAGAGGCCCCUAAAGAAUCAGUUACAUCAUGUCUUACCCUUCCUGCUAAUCUACCAGACUUAGAUGGCAGUCUAGAGGGAAGCCCGCAGUCGCCCGCGGGAUCGUAUUCUUCCACACUAUCAGGGGACGAAAGCGGCGACUCAGAAACAGCCAGUCAGAAAAUGCGUGCGGCAAAACGAGCCACUUUGCGCUGCAAUCGCUGCCAGGAGGAAUUCUUGUCGAAAAUGGAGUACCUUCAUCAUUUGAUCUCGCACCAAAAGGGAGAUCGCGACGAAAUGAUCCCUGAACUGAGGCCUGACAAUCAUCAAGCCAUCGAUAAAUUAAAAUCGAGCUUGCUAAUUAAAAUGGAGGCGAGAAGAAGAGAUAGCAUUCCAGAUGAAAUUAACCAUCGAUUCGGCAAUGUCCAAUUGGAUGGCGCGUCACCCGAUGAUCGGACAAGCCCGACCUGUCAAGACAAUCGCACGCACGAUUUGGCCGCACCUUGUACGGUAUGCAGCGAGCGAUUCCCAGACUCACAGGAACUUAGAGCCCAUAUGGAAAGUUGCCAUAAGAAGCCGCAUUGUACCGAGUGUGGGCUUUCUUUCGAACAUAAGAAUCUGCUAAAGAUUCAUAUGAAUUCCUACCACAGCUCUUUAGACGUCUUACAGUGUUACUACUGUGGAAAAUCGUUUGACAACCGCGCGGAGUUCGUCAGUCACGUAACAUCCCACGAAACCUCACUGAAGGAUCCCAAGGAAAUGCGAAGGAAACCGAAUAGUCUCCGACGAGUUCCGAGUGCCACGAGCACUGAAGAAAACCCGAGUCAAAGUCAAUCGGAAAAGGAAAGGUCUCCGAAAAUCGACUCUUUUCGGAACAAUGAUGAUUUGGACAAUAACUAUCAAGCCAAAAAACAAGAUGAUGUGUCUCCUGCGGAAUAUGCUGACCCGGUAAAGAGCCGUAUUGACGAUUUGCGUCAGUACGUUGAACGACGGUUUCCCACGUUUGGCGCGUUCCGCCAUCAUAAAGAGGAAAGUAGUCCCACUCCACAAGAACCGGACGAUUGGUAUAAUGAAGGGAAAAGCAACUAUUUGGUCGGUCCAGAGGCAAAGACAAGGAUCUUCCUUCCGAAACGUCACGAAACGUUUGAACGCGAAGGGAAUUUCAGCGACCAAAGGCGCACGUCCGAGCAGUUAGAAUCAUUCUCACCAGCAACAAAAGUAAACCCUGAAUCGAUUGAGAGGAUUCCUAGCUCGGAUGUACUGAGGCGUCGAUUUUCUGCUUUCUCGGCGCUUGAAAUGACUGGCAGGUCAGAUGAGCACGCUAAGAGCUUGUUACUGGGCCUGAGUAGGGCGAAGAGGGAUGGUAUGCCUUUGGGCAGACCUCCUCCACUCAUCCCUGUUAUACAUCCAAGAAUGUCCCAGAAUUUCACACGACAGCCAGGCGUGGCUUUAAGGAACGGUCAUCAGCCCCUGUGCCGCACGGCGUCAGCAAACUCGGCCCUCAGGUACCACAGGAUGCCGUUCUCUACCAUGGCCACUAAACGGCAAGAGUCAUUUGAAAGAGUCGUCCCUCCAAGCCCAGUGCAAGACUCACCUCCAGAUCAUCAAGAGGUUGCCGCCCGCGAGAACAUUAACAACAUCACCAAAGAGGCGCUGCUUCAUUCGUUGUCCCUCAAGAGAAGAGCAAGUGCGCCUGAACUUGGGGCUCUCAUAAGAAGACCUCGUGAUGUGUCCCAGAGGCUGGGAACACCAGCAAUCAAAAAUCUUCUCGAGAAAAGACCUCAGAGAUUUGAGGACCCAGACCCCCUACCUGCUACAUCCCCAGGCCGAUCCCGCCAGCUCAAGGAGGCGUACCAGCCGAGGCGAAGGCACCCCCGGGACUUCUUUUGCCAUCUCUGCGGCAUUUACUUCGGUCACAAGAAGCUUCUCAAGAUUCAUUUGGACUGCUACCACGGCUCAGCGCAGGAGCUUCAGUGUCUUCGUUGUGAAAAGAAUUUCUCCAGUCGCUCCGAGUUUCUGGAGCACUUGAUGUCUCAUGAAGGUGGCGACGAGCUGUUGGCCAUGCAGAGAAAACGCCUGAAGUUGACCGCCCGCAAUAGCGUGCCGCUCACACGCGAAGGAGAGACGGUGAUACGGCGCGAGCUGAACAUUAGUGUCACCCCUCAGGAUGCUGCCGUAGCAAAGGAGACAACCCGACGGGGCGAUAUCGAAAGUGCAGAUAUCCGACGGGAUUUUCGACACCCCCUCCCAGAAGAAUUACAACAGCGGGUUGUCAAAGAACAUCAUGAACUUCCUGCUCAACAAGAGAAGCCAAACAUCGACUUGAAAGACGAAUGUCGCGUCACCAGUGGCAAAACCAGUAGCGUGAAAACUGAGGAUGACGAAGGGGCAAAUUUUUGCUUUGUGUGUGGCCAAUCAUUCACCAACGGUAAAAAACUCGAACAUCACAUCUCUUCGCACGCCGUCGUGGACAAGGAUGGACGCUACUGUUGCUCGCUGUGUCACAAGACCUUCGAUCAUCACCGCAAGCUAGAAAUUCACACGCGCAGCCAUACAGGGUUUAAGCCGCACAAGUGCGAGCUUUGCGGUCGGUGCUUUCCAUAUUACAGCUCCUAUUACUACCACAAGAUGACCCACACCGAGGACAGACCGCAUAAGUGCGGAGUGUGUGGUAAGGGGUUCAUACAGACCAGAUACCUACGGUCGCAUAUGAAAACACAUAAGGAUCAAAAUGGAUGGACAAGCGACGAGGAACUCAAUGACGAAAGCACCGAGCAAAUGGAUACAAGCGAGGCAGCGGCAACGACGUCUCCCAUUAGCGAGACCGAAACCAAGGUUAAAACGGAGCAAAUGAAUCAAUCGGAUUGUUCCCCUGAGAGAGACUUAGAAGAGCACGAUACAGCAAGAAUACUAUGCAGUUUUAAGCAAGGAAGCGGUGCUGGAUUUUGUGGGCAAAGUUCGCCCAAGCAUAUUGAGUCUGAAGUAGAAAUGUGUAGCAACGUUGUGUCGAAAGCGUUCUCGGGCUCCGAAGAUUCUCAGAGUACAGAUCGGAGCCGAGACCCGAACAGUCCUCCGACUAUGAAUCGAACAUCAGAGCGGAAACGUUCCAUUGACGCUACCGAGGAUGAUGAAGGUGGUGACAAUGACUGCAGCAAAAACAAUGAAACUUUAACAAAGGUCAAGAAAGAAACGCGUCAAGAUUCGGCCGACGAACGUCUUCCAAAAACGAAGAGAAAGAAAUACCAGUGUAAACACUGCCAUAAAAACUUCAGUUCCUAUAGCAGUCUGCACGUUCACGUGCGCAUUCAUACCGGUCAGCGGCCAUACUCCUGUAGCCACUGCUUCAAAAAGUUCACGCACUCCAGCGGCUUGAAGCGUCACGUGAGGUGCCACACUGGCGAGAAGCCAUACCCUUGUCCGGCAUGCCCCUCAGCGUUCGCGGACCGCGGAGCUCUGAAAUCUCACAUUAGAACUCACACAGGAGAAAGACCUUUCGUGUGUGACUUGUGUAACAAGACUUUCACUCAACCCAGCUCUCUUCGUGUUCAUAAGAAGACUGUACACGUGCACGAGUUUUUCGACGAAAAGUGACCAAAUCUGAACAGCCUUUCUGUUUGUUAGAUUUCCUUACUAGAUAACUGUCAGUUAGGAUCUUUUGCGAAUUUUAGAGUCUAUCUCAUUUAAAUUUUCAUUUAGUGUGUGCGUGGUGUAAUAUAUGUAAAUAAUGUUAGGGUCAUGUUAGUAAGUGAAUGCCCGGUUUCUUCUUGCUAAAACUGCUCAGCGCUUAGUUUUUUUCCCACGAGCUGAAAAAGAAAAAAAAUAAAUAGUGAGAAGUAAUAUUAAUCAGAGUUACUUAAUUAAUAAUAAUGAUGACCACUUUAAGGGAACUUAAACUAUUAGAGAUUAAGGAAAAUGCUCAGCGAUGACUUUCAGGAAAAGGAACGCUGACCACUUAAAGCAUAAACUCUUCCUAAGAAUAAAAUAACACUAAAAGUUA